AUGGGUAAAACCUAUCUCGGGCUUCGUGGAACGAAGCUGAACGUCGCGAUCGGCGUGAUCGCCGGUCUCGAUUUCUUGCUCUUUGGUUAUGAUCAGGGUGUCAUGGGUGGUCUGUUGACCCUGGACUCCUUCGUCAAGACCUUUCCCCAGCUCGACACAUCCUCUGAUUACUACAACAAUGUCCUGAGCAAAUCGCAACAACUGCAUCAAUCGAAUAUUCAAGGUAUCUCUGUUGCUGGUUACAACUUGGGCUGUUUCGUCGGUUCCGUCUUAUGUAUCUUCAUCGGUGAUAAGCUCGGUCGUCGCAAGACUAUUUUCAUUGGAUCUGCUAUCAUGGUGGUUGGCGCUACCCUGCAAUGCACCGCCUUUGGCUUGCCACAUUUCAUCGUGGGUCGUCUCGUGACCGGUAUUGGUAAUGGCCUCAACACGUCCACUGUGCCAACUUGGCAAUCCGAGUGUUCUAAGGCCCAUCGCCGUGGCCAGCUUGUCAUGAUUGAAGGUUCUUUGAUCACUGGCGGUAUCUGUAUCAGCUACUGGCUCGAUCUGGCCUUUUCUUUCCUCGACCCAAGCACCGUCUCGUGGCGUUUCCCGAUUGCCUUCCAGAUCGUCUUUGCUCUGAUCAUUCUCGCCUUUGUUAUGCUGUUGCCCGAAUCCCCCCGCUGGCUGAUCUUCAAGGGUCGUGAGGACGAGGCUACUGAUGUGCUGACUGCUCUUCUCGAUCUCCCCGCCGACGAUGCCUUGAUCGAGAAUGAGUUCACUGCCAUCAAGGAUACCGUUUUGGAGGCCCAGAACACCUCAUGGCGUGAUCUUUUCACUAUGGGAGAGGACCGUCAUUUCCAUCGUGUAGUCCUUGCCUACGUCAACCAGAUGUUCCAACAAAUCUCCGGUAUCAAUUUGAUCACUUACUACGCCCCAACCAUCUACCAGAACAGCAUCGGAAUGUCGGGUCUUAUGUCCCGUAUUCUGGCCGCUUGCAACGGUACUGAGUACUUCAUCGCCUCGUGGUUGCCCGUGUUCAUCAUUGAGAAAGCCGGACGUCGUCCUCUUAUGCUUGUGGGUGCUGCCGGUAUGUCUCUGUCCAUGGUUGUCCUCGCUGUGUGCACAUCGUUCAAGCAUCAAAGCGGUCCGGGUAUUGGAGCUGCUGUUUUCUUGUUCGUCUUCAACACCUUCUUCGCCUGGGGCUGGCUCGGUAUGACCUGGUUAUACCCCGCUGAGAUUGUGCCACUGCGUAUUCGUGCUCCCGCCAACGCUCUGUCCACCUCGGCCAACUGGAUCUUCAAUUUUAUGGUCGUCAUGAUCACUCCCCCAGCUUUCCAGUCCAUUGAAUACCAGACCUACAUCAUCUUUGCGGUCAUUAACGCCUUCAUCUUCCCCGUUGUCUACUUUUUCUAUCCUGAGACAGCAUACCGUUCCCUCGAGGAAAUGGACAUCAUCUUCCGCAAGACCACAUCCAUCUGGUCCGUCGUCAAGACCGCCCGCGACGAGCCCCGUCGCUACGGCAAGAACGGUGAGCUGCUCAUCAGCUACACCAACACCGAAGACCACUUCCGCCGCGCCAGUGCGGUUGGCGAGAAGCGCACGAACAAGGACAACGCCAACCCGGGCUACCAUUUGGAAAACGGUAACGCCGAGGACAUUUCCGACGAAAGCUAA